AUGUCGGCUCAUACGACAAACCCAUCCGCGGCGCAACGGACGAGCAACGACCCGGACGACACGGACCGAAAACACAUGAGCUGUUCCCCGGAGGAUGCACAGCAGUUGCAACAGCUGCGGACACAAUUGCAGAACAAUAUCCAGCAGUCGCGCGCCGCCCAUCACGCCUUUGAGCCCAUAUCGCUACCAGGAUCGCAGCCGGUCGUCUCAGCAUCGAGGAGGCCACCGCUCCCUGGUUCCGGCAAUGCCUCAUCGCAACCCUCGCCGCCCUCGUCGGCCGUCCACUCGCCACCCUUGACACCCGCCGCCAGUCGCUCCAAAGAGGCCGCCAAGCCUGUCCUACCACCAGCGGGGAUUCCGAAAGAUGUCAUGACACCACAGCGGUCGACUUCGCCGCAGAGGACGCAUGGAAGCGAUGCCGUGACCAGCCAGCCUCGGCAGAUAUCGGCCACGCUUUCCGGCUCGGGCCAGGACACACAGCCGCCAUCGAAGGAGACCAGUGCAGCGGUCACCCCCGUCACCACGAAAUCCGGUCCUCCGAGUCACAUCUCACUCCCACAGCAGAAGAUCAGUGCGCCGCCCGAGAACGACGAUGCUCAAUAUCGAUUCGGCAACCGCGAUCCGGCCGCCGGCUAUGCGAACUCCGGGAUCCCGAGUGCGACCCCUCCGGCCAUCUCGAAUUACUCGUCGUCGUCGGGCAUCCCACCGUUGAAGACCCCCAAAGAAGAAGGUCGCAGUAGCAAGCGGACCAGUUUCUUCGGCGCCGUGCGGCUCGGUCACGAUGAUGAUUCCGGCAAAUUGGGAGACAAGGGUCAUCAUUCGAGCUCCAAAUCCAACUUGAAGCGGUUCUUCAAGAUCGGCGACAAGACCCAAAAGGAGAAAGAUGGCGCCAAGCCGGGCGAUGCAUCGCAGAAGGACGGCGUGCGGACGCCCCCCGCACAGGCGAGCAUAACAGCCGCUCCCCCCAGCGUCCCGUUCGCCGAUGAUCACGGUAUCCAAUCGAAAUACGGCAAAUUCGGGAAGAUCCUCGGUUCGGGGGCCGGCGGCUCCGUGCGGUUGAUGAAGCGUUCCGGCGACGGCGUCGUGUUCGCCGUGAAGCAAUUCCGGGAUCGACACACCUACGAGAGCGAGCGGGACUACAACAAGAAGGUCACGGCGGAGUUCUGCAUCGGAUCGACGUUGCAUCACGGCAACGUCAUCGAGACCAUCGACAUCGUGCACGAGCGGGGGAAAUGGUUCGAGGUGAUGGAAUACGCGCCGUACGAUCUGUUCGCCACCGUCAUGACCGGCAAGAUGGGUCGCGAAGAGGUCGCCUGUUCGACGUUGCAGAUUCUGAGCGGGGUGUGCUAUCUCCACAGCAUGGGUCUCGCGCAUCGGGAUCUGAAGCUGGACAACGUGGUGGUCUCGGAGCACGGCAUCAUGAAAUUGAUCGACUUCGGCAGUGCCGUCGUUUUCCGGUAUCCCUUUGAAGAGGACGUCGUGCUUGCAACCGGCGUCGUUGGCUCAGAUCCCUACCUCGCGCCAGAGGUGUACGAUCUCCCUCGCUACGAUCCUCGCGCUGCGGAUAUCUGGUCCAUCGCCAUCAUCUUCUGCUGCAUGUCCUUGCGAAGGUUUCCUUGGAAAGCCCCCCGGAUCACGGACAACUCCUACCGGUUAUUCGUCUCGCCUCCCGACCCCGAUCAGGACAAAUGGCUGAACGGCGGUGUCCGCGUCAAACCCGCCCCUGAGACCUCCACGCCCGCCAGUCGCGCAGGCAGCCGAGAGAAGGAAAACGGCCACGCCCACCACCACCACCACCACCACCCCAACGGCCAUGACUCCUCCAAGACCACCGAGCAACCCAUCGCCAUCUCCAACAGCAGCACCCCGACCCCGACCAUCAAAGGGCCCAUCCGCCUCCUCCGCCUCCUCCCGCGCGAGACCCGCCCCAUCAUCUCCCGCAUGCUCGAACUCGACCCCAAACGCCGCGCCACCAUGGACGAGAUCCUCGCGGACCCCUGGGUCCGCAACGCCCUCGUCUGCUGCCAGCGCGAAGACGGCGUCGUGGUCAAAGCACCCGGCCACACGCACACCCUCCAGCCUAGCAACGCUGGCGGAAACUAG